UGAUGAUGUUUUACAUACAUCAGCCUCCACCAUCGUUGGAUUUGCCAGCAGACGUCACCGCCGCCGUCGCUGUUCCCGCCAUUGCCCAGCCCGCUCUCGCUGUGGUCGCCACCGCCGCCGUCGUCGUUCGCACAGCUGCAUUUCAUCGGUGAAUCCCUUUUCAAAGGUCCCUGCAAUCAAUCUUCAUCAUGUUUCCAGUUCCCAGCACCUCUGAUUCACACUCUGCCAGCAUGCAGCCGCCCUCUAACAAGCGAAAACUUACCCUUUUCACUUCUUCGUGCAAGCGCCCCAGCCGUUUGUCAUCUUUAUUAUCAUCUUCUCCUUCUUGCUCGAGCUCGAGAAAGUCUGCUCCCACGUGCACGAUCUCGCUCGAAAAUGUUACCAUUAAUUGUUCCGAGUCGUAUUGUGUUUACAGUUCGUCGUCUGAUGUCAACUUCAUCCCCUUCCCCACCACCACCGCCACCUCCGACUCUGACUGCGAGCUUGAGCCUCGGCCCGAGGUUGGGGUCAAGGUUCGUCGACGGUCUAUGCAAGCGACGACGCCUCGCUCCAACGAACGCGUACGCCGGGAUUCUCAAUCACGCCGUCGCAAAGCCCCCUCUACUCGCCACCACGCUCUCUUAUCACCAGCAUCUCAUGUUACUCCCCCACCAAAACGCUUCAAAGGCAAACACUCCGACCUCCGGUUUCUCGCCGUCGUAUGGAGGAGUGUCAAUGUCAGUUUGCAGACGCGAAUGGACGUCGAUGGUCAGGGAGACCUCGAUGCGCAGGACAGGGUGCUUUCAGAGCGGCUCGGGGCGUAUCUCAUCGAGCGUGGGUACUCGUCAAGGAAUGAAGAGCACGAAAAUGUCCUUUCGCCGUCGCAGCUUGUCGCUGCAGCGACCCUUCGGCGAAAGGAUCGCACCGUAGUCCGCCCAACAAGGAACAGUGCCGAGCAGCGUAGACGCUCUCCCCUGGCAUUAGCUCAGUCAUCAUCGCUAUUAUUAAUGGUUGAUGAUCCAUAGUCUUCUCCGGCAGCAGACCUUUUUUUUCUGAAUCUUUUUGCAUGGAACGGAAUCAUUAUCAUCGACGACUGCUCACGGGCCUGUUGCUUACCUUGUGUAUCUCCUUUUAUCCGCACCACCUCAUCGCUUUAAUCAUAAUCUGAUUAAAAAAUUUGCCUUCCUCUUUAAUCGUAAUGGUUGAGGAUACCCUGCCCUCUUUUUUAUAACAAGUAAUCUUUAUUACAUUUGCAUUCUUUUAAUACCACGUUCCUUUCAUCGUCUGUUUGAUUUAGCUUUAGCCCAGACCUACUUAUCAAUAGUGCAGCGAGUCUGGAGUCUGGAGUCUGGACCUCUCCGUCAAACAUGAGUCAUCCCCUGCGAGCGUGACCAAAGCACGGUGUAACACGUGCACGUGAUGGGGUCACGCGUUCGCCACGUACGUGUUUUCCCUGAGUUCACCGUC